UUCAAGAGCAGGUCGCUCUCGCUUCCUUCAAGCGCUGUGUUUUCUCACUUUCUUCUAAAACAGUUCUCCUUUGUUACCGGACUUCGUACUUAGGUAAGCUAGUAGGCUAUGGCUUUCUCCGGAGCAACAAAGCGCUCUCUCGGUACACUCCUCUACCAAAGGCUGAUGAGUAGUAGCUGCACGUACGCCCAUUCACGAUGCGGCGGCGGCCCCUCGAUCGCCUCUAGGAGAUUCAGCUCUGAAGGCUCUUCUUCUUCGAACCAAAUGAAUCUGAUAAGGCAACUGAGGGAACGCACCAGCGCACCCAUGAAGGACGUCAAGGCCGCCCUUAUUGAAAGCAAUUGGGACAUUGAGGCGGCGCAGAGGGAGUUGAGGAAAAGAGGAAAGGUGCUUGCGUCGAAGAAGUCGGCUCGCACGGCCGCCGAGGGGUUGCUUGCGCUGGCGCAGAGCGAGAACAGGGCUGCUCUUAUUGAACUCAACUGCGAGACGGAUUUCGUUGCCAGGAAUGAUAUUUUUCAGCACUUGGCUUUGUCUUUGGCUAAGCAGGCUUUGCUGGUUGAAGGUGUUUCUCAGCCGGGUGCUGGGGUCUUUCAUGUUGGACCUGAGAAUUUGGAGGACUUGAAGUUAAAUCUUGAACAUCCCAAGAUUAGUGGAGUAACAACAGUUCAAAAUGCAAUAACAGAAGUGGCUGCGAUGAUGGGAGAAAACGUCAAACUUCGAAGGGGAUUUGUGAUGUCUACUUCUUCAAAUGGUGUUCUUUCUACCUACCUCCAUACAAGUCCACAACCAGGUUUGGGUCGUAUUGCUGGAAUUUUAACUCUCGAAGUAGAAGAUGGGAAUCCUCAACUGGAUGCUCUUCAGCGCGUUGGAUCAGAAUUGGCAAUGCAUGUUGUAGCAACUAAGCCAAUAUUCUUAACAAAGGAUCUUGUUUCCACUGAUGCACUAGAAAGUGAAAGGGAGAUUCUUAAGUCUCAGGCUGAAACCACUGGGAAGUCUCAGAUGGCCAUAGAUAAAAUGGUAGAAGGUCGAUUACGUAAAUACUUUGAGGAUGUCGUUCUAAUGGAGCAAAAAUUUGUUAUGAAUGACACCGUAAAUGUAAAGACUCUGUUAGAUAAUCUAUCCAAGGAAGUGGGCUCACCUGUGAAGAUCGGGAGUUUUUUCAGAAUGGAAGUUGGAGAUGGAAUUCAAAGGCUAGAAGAAUCCAGUGCAUCUGAACCUGUGGCCCAGGCUGUUUAAUGUAAGAUAAUGCUGCUUGCUCAUCCAAGGGACUCAUUAAGGUAGAGGUUAAUUUUGAAGAUGUCGCUCCUGGGUGGAGGACCUUGUUACUUUUUUUAUUUCAUUCUUAAUUUAGUGGUCUUAGCAUGUUUUCUAGCACUAGCACAUCUUAGUUACUUUCUGCUCAAAUGAGGCCUUUUUGAGGAACCGGAUGAUUGAAGAGCUCCAAUGAUUUUUUGGGAGAGUUAUAAAGUGCUUGGUCUUAUUUU